UAUGUAUUUUGUGUGACAAUGUAAUAUUAAGAGAUAACAGCUGAUUUGGUGAUGGAGCUGGAGCUGGCCAUAGAUAGAGGUUAAGAUUCGUUUGAAUUGUCCUUUCGGGUCCUUCGGUCUUUUGCUGAUUUGUGGUCUUUGCCCUAUUACUCGUCUGCUCUAAUGGCCAUAGGUUCUUUGUCGCCAGGCCACUGCCAUUUCAGCUAGCAUGUAGGUACUGCUAAUGUUUGUCUAAUCCUCUAUCCAUGUAGUAUAAGUAAAGAAUAUUCUAUUGUAUUCUCAUGUUCACUUCAUUGAAAGUCAAAAUACAUGAAGCUAUAAAAGUAAUGAUUAUUUAGAUGUCAACGAUGGUCGAUAAAAAUAAUUUAUUAUCCUAAACUGACAUUUAAGUCAUUCUUUUCUUUUAUCCUAUUUUACUGCUGUAGAUAACCCACAUUAGUAAUUUUAUUACAUUCAUUAUUCAUUAAUGCUGAUUAACAGCAAUUAAUGGCACCUUAUAAUAUAAGAAAUAGCUUAACAUAAACUUCAGUUCGAGAGGCGUUGUGAGGAACAGCGAUAGUAAUAUGAUGCUACUUCUGCUUGCACUAGCAGUGCUCGCCUUAUCAUACCGCUAUUCUACCAAAAAUCACGACUACUGGCGCAAACGUAACAUAAAACAUGAAAAACCGAUCCCUAUAUUUGGGACAUCGUUCAUAAACAAAAUCGGAAGGAAGAGCUUCUCCGAAAUUACUACAGAACUCUAUAAAAAAUAUUCUGACGAACCUGUCGUCGGUUUAUUUGAUGGAACUACUCCAGAACUGAUAAUUCAAGACCUGGACAUUGUGCGCCGGAUAAUCAAUGUAGACUUUGCAUAUUUUUAUCUACGAGGGCUUGGCAGAAAUCCUAAAAUAGAGCCCGAGUUUUAUAAUCUUUUCCAUAUUGAAGGUGACGGCUGGAAACUGAUACGACAACGUCUGAACCCAGCGUUCACGCCGGCUAAGUUAAAGAAUAUGUUUCCACUUGUGGUAAAAUGCGGAGAAAAACUGCAGAUAGUCGGGGAAGAGGUCGUCAACCGCGGUGGUGAGUGUGACGUGCGCAACCUGAUGGCGCGCUUCACCAUGGAGUUUAUUGGAGCCUGUGGCUUCGGGAUAGAAAUGGAUACCAUCAACAAUGAACACUCCUCCUUCAUAGAGUUAGGCAAUAAAUGGUUUAGACCAAAUUUCAGAAAAUCUCUCUUGACUGCACUGUAUGAUCUAUUCCCGGACACCAGAACAAUAGUUCAAAAGCUACUUAAAGACUCUCAGAUUAUUGUGUCACUAACAGAGCUUUUAAAAAAUAUACGUGCAGAGAGGAACUUUAAGCCUAUCGGUCGUAAUGACUUUAUUGAUCUUCUUUUGGAACUCGAAGGCAAAGGAAAGAUGACAGGGGAAUCUAUUGAGAAAAGGAACCAGGAUGGGAAACCAGAGCAAGUAGAAAUGGAAAUGGAUCUUACUUGUAUGGCGGCACAAGUGCUAUUAUUUUUUACAGCAGGUUUUGAAACCUCGUCUUCAACAACCAGUUUUACGUUACAUCAACUUGCUUAUCAUCCAGAAGAACAACAGAAAAUACAGAAAGAGAUAGACAUGGUGUUAAAUAAAUACAAUAACAAAUUGUGUUAUGAUUCCAUAUCUGAAAUGAAAGCAUUGAGUAAUGGAUUCAAAGAAGCAAUGAGGCUCUUCCCUUCAUUAGGGACUCUCCACAGAGUUUGUGCCAGAAAGUACACCAUACCCGGUUUGAAUGUAACCCUUGAUCCUGGUGUGAAGAUUAUAGUUCCUCUUCAAGCCAUACAAACUGAUGACAAGUAUUUCGACAAUCCCUCACAGUUCAUGCCUGACAGGUUUAAUGACCCCAAUGUAGAAAGACACAAGUACGCGUAUAUGCCGUUUGGUGAAGGACCAAAAGCAUGUAUAGGUGCUCGUCUUGGUAAUAUGCAGUCUUUGGCGGGGCUUGCGGCUGUACUACACAAGUUCUCAGUGGAACCCGCACCUAACACACAGCGCUACCCUGAACUGGACCACGGGAGUAACGUCGUACAAUCCAUCAAGGGAGGCUUACCUCUCAAACUGACUCUCAGAAACAAAGCAGUAACCUAACUCUGGUUCUGUAGUUGCAUUACUGAUUACACAUACUGGUACCUAAAUAUACACUAUGUCUUUUUCAUGAGGAUGUUUCAGUUUACCAGUAGGUCCAAUCAAGUAUCCAGAUCCUUAUAUUUUUUUACCGAUUUGAAAAAACACGAAAUUCGUAUUUUACACAUAUUCUGGCCACAUACAC